AUGGACUACAAAUAUUCAGCUACAGAUCAAAUUGCUUCGAAUGGAGCCUCAUAUGAUAAUUUUAGAUUCCGAAAAGUAAAAAAUGACUAUAAAGACUCUGAUGCACCUUCGAUAUAUGAUUUGAGAGAAUCCGAAUAUAAAGACAGAAGAUUUUCUCGGUCAUUCAUUAGUGUAGGCAAAAAGGAUUUGCGCAAUCUUGCAAUACUUAUAUUAGUUGCAUUCGUUGUGAGAUUAUAUCGAAUCGAUCAACCUACUUCAGUGGUAUUCGAUGAAGUACAUUUUGGUGGGUUUGCAACAAAAUAUAUAAGAGGAAGGUUUUUUAUGGAUGUACAUCCACCAUUAGCAAAAUUACUUAUCACUCUUGCUGGGUUAUUGGGAGGUUUUAAUGGAAAUUUUGAUUUUAAAGAAAUUGGCAAGGAUUAUUUAGAACCUAAAGUACCAUAUGUUGCAAUGCGUCUAAUGCCCGCUUCUCUGGGGAUUUUCUUAAUACCAAUUUCCUAUUUAACCAUUAAAUUAUCAGGAUUUAGCAGUACUGCAUCAUUCUUGGUAGCUACCUUAAUAAUAUUUGAAAAUGGAUUGGUAACUCAAAGUAGGCAUAUUUUAUUGGAUGCACCUCUUGUUGCUUUCACUGGUUUUACGAUAUUAAUGUGGGUGAAAUUUCAUAAUGAGCAAAGAAGACCUUUUCAAAUACGUUGGUGGGUUUGGAUGGCAAUGACUGGUGUAGGACUCGGACUUACAGGAUUAUGGGAUUUACUCGGUGAUCCAAGAAUAACGCCGACUCAAUGGGCCAAACAUUUUUUCGCUCGAGCAAUAUGUUUAAUUGUGAUUCCAGUAUCAUUGUAUUGUUUAUUUUUUGCUAUUCAUUUUGCAAUCUUGCAACGUAGCGGUGAUGGAGAUGGAUUCAUGAGUUCUGAAUUUCAACAUACUUUGCAAGGACAUGACAUGCAAGAUAUGCCAAUAGAUGUUGCGUUUGGUUCGCAGAUAACUAUUAAACAUGUCAAUACACAAGGAGGAUAUUUACAUUCUCAUAAGCACAAUUAUCCUGGAGGUAGCACACAACAACAGAUCACCUUAUAUCCACAUAAAGAUGAGAAUAAUUUAUGGGUUUUACAAAAUCAAACCGUUCCCGAAGUACCAUUCAACGAAUCUGACCCUAUGUGGGUUCGUAACGGUGAUGUAAUUCGACUUGAGCAUAUUAUUACUUUCAAGAGGUUACAUAGUCACGAUGUUAGGCCUCCAGUUACUGAUGUAGAAUAUCAGAAUGAAGUCAGUGCUUAUGGUUAUCAAGGAUUUGAGGGAGAUGCAAAUGACUUUUGGCGUGUACAGAUUGCAGAACAUGAUAAAUCAGAUCCAGAAUCUAAAGAGCGCCUUCGUACACUUCACACAAAAUUCCGACUUCAACACACUAUUACAGGUUGUUAUCUAUUUUCCCAUUCCGUAAAAUUGCCUGAUUGGGCUUAUGGUCAGCAAGAGGUUACGUGUGUAAAUGGCGGAAGUUAUCCGAAUACACUUUGGUAUAUUGAGGAAAAUUCACAUCCAAAACUUCCCGAAGACUCUGAGAAAGUGAACUAUAGGAAACCAGGAUUCUUUAAAAAGUUAUUUGAACUUAAUAAAGUGAUGUGGAAUACGAAUUCUGGACUAACAGAUUCUCAUCCUUAUGACUCUCAUCCGUCUUCCUGGAUUUUCAUGAGACGUGGAAUUAACUUCUGGGGUAAAGAACACCGCCAGAUUUAUUUAUUAGGGAAUCCAUUAACAUGGUGGUCUUCUACAUUUGCCUUAUUUAUUUUUAUUGUUGCAAAAUCUGUUUUAAUCCUGAGAGCAAAACGAGGUUAUAAGGAUCAUUUAAACGCAGUAAUAUAUACUUUUUCAUUAUUUUCACCAAUGGCUUAUAGUAAUCCAUGGAUAAAAAGUGAAUGUCAAAGAGCCAAAUGGAUAAAAACUUGGGAUUUUGACUGUAAUCAACAUUUUGAUACUUAUGAACAAUUUUAUAGUGAAGAUUUAAAAAAUUUAGAUCAAGCAAAUAAUGUAACAAAAACUGAAGAUUCUAUAUCGAAGGAACCACACAAUGUAUCAAAAGAUGAUGUGGGUCAAUUGUUUGAGAAUCGUCAUAAUAAUAAUGAUACUGUGACUAUACUGAAUGAAGAUGAGAUUCGAAAUGAUGAUAGAUUAAAGGAAGGAAUAUUAGUAAAUGAAAAGGAUAUAUGA